AUGAGUUUGGGCGACAGGAAACACCCUCCAGCCAGUGAUACCGAAGUUGGCACAUCUUCAGACAAGGCUCAAGUAUCCAGCCAAGAACCUGAACAACCUUCCGAAGACGUGCAACGAGGAGUUCAACAAGUUGAGGCCGUUACUUUAGCAUGGACUAAAAGGUCACUUAUUGUGGUAUUCAUCCUCAUGUUUCUCCUUUACUUUGUCAAUGCAUUCCAGUCUUCCAUCUUAUACAACCUCGUUCCGUUUGCCACGAGCGAUUUCGAAACUCACUCAUUGUUGACGGUCAUAUAUAUCGUCGCAAACGCCAUGUCGGCCGCAGUAUAUAUUCCCCUCGCCAAGAUGCUGGAUCUCUGGGGCCGUGCGGAAGGAUUUCUUGUCAUGAUUUUAUUCACCACUUUAGGUUUGAUCUUGAUGGCAUCAUGUAAUGGCCUCUCAACCUUUUGCGCCGCACAGGUCUUUUGGUCUGUCGGUGCCGGUGGUAUGAUUUACAGUGUCGACGUCAUCACCGCCGAUGCGUCAAAACUAAAGAAUCGAGGAUUGGCAUAUGCUUUCACAUCAUCGCCAUACAUUAUCACAGCUUUUGCUGGCCCAAAGGCAUCUGACGACUUUUAUUACCACAUCAGCUGGCGAUGGGGCUUUGGUUGCUUCGCAAUCAUCUUGCCGGUGGUAGCAGCGCCGUUGUUCUUUAUCCUAAAGCAUAACCUCCGCAAGGCAGAGAAGCAAGGUGUCCUGGUCAGAAAGAAAAGCGAUCGCACGUUGUGGCAGAAUGUCUGGCAUUACUUCGUCGAAUUUGAUUUGGUGGGAGUGAUUCUUUUCGCCGCCGGCCUUACCGUUUUCUUGCUACCGUUCACUCUUGCCGACACCGCGCCAGAUGGAUGGGGUUCGGGAUACAUUAUCGCGAUGAUCGUGGUAGGAUUUGUGGUCCUCUGUAUCUUUGGCCUUUACGAAAUAUUCCUGGCGAGAACACCAUUUUUGAACGUCCAUCUCCUGGCCAACCGAACUAUUAUCGGCGCUUGCUUGCUGGAUCUGACGUACCAGAUCUCCUACUAUUGCUGGAACAGCUACUUCACCUCUUUCCUCCAGGUCGUCUGCAACUUGACGCUGGCAGAGGCCGGAUACGUGGGUAGUACAUUCGACAUUGUUUCCGGCGUUCUCCUCUUGGGUGUGGGGUUUUUAAUCCGCAAAACCGGCUACUUCCGGUGGCUUCUGCUCAUUGCAGUUCCAAUCUACGUUCUGGCCCAGGGUUUGAUGAUCCACUUCCGACAGCCGAACCAAUAUAUCGGCUAUAUUGUCAUGUGCCAGAUAUUCAUCUCCAUCGGCGGAAGUAUUUUUAUCAUCUGCGAGCAAAUCUCAGUCUUGGCCGCCUCGGACCAUCAACACGUCGCCGCUGUCCUUGCCUUACUCUACGUUGUUGGAAACGUGGGCGGCGCAAUUGGCAACACGAUUUCCGGCGCCAUCUGGACAAACACGUUUGAAGAUGCCUUGACCAGAUAUCUUCCGACGUCUGCGCUGCCACAACUCGCGGACAUUUACAACGAUUUGGACACCCAGCUAAGCUAUCCUAUUGAUAGCCCGACGCGAAUCGGGAUUCAGAAGGCAUAUGGGUACGCGCAAGAACGAAUGCUCAUUGCCGGCACUGCUAUCAUUGCCUUGUCGUUCAUAUGGAUUCUCAUGAUCAAGAACAUUAAUGUUGCAAAGAUCCAGCAAGUAAAGGGUACUGUUUUCUAA